AUGCCGAAGGGGCAACACAAAUGCGAUCUUUGCAAUAAACCUCUCCGCAAUCUCGCUGAAGCAAAACGAGUUCACGAUCGCACAUGCCCAGGCUUCAAGGCAUUACAUCUGCAGUCCGUAGCUCAUGUUCGACAACAUUUGGCCAACGCAGCGCGAGCUCCUUCUCCUCCUCCUCAAUUACCCAUCCAACUUCAAGCAGAGAUGGUCGAGAUUCCGGAGCCUCCACAAUAUCGUCCUAGUGGUCUGCCGAACCGCAAGCGUCGAAUCCCUGCUAAGCUACAGGACGCUGCUCCAGCGCCUCUGCCGCGAAUCAGACGUCGAGCAGGAACAGACUUCCCGGUACCGCGACCUCCAGAAGCCGAGCCCUCGCCAGAGCCAAUCCCUGAAGCUGAACCUCCAGGAUACAUUCGAACGGAAACAAACAACUUUGGGCUCUAUAAAAUGUAUCCCCGACGUCCCACGCAUGACCCAGACGGCAAACUCGACACAAUGCGGCUCAGAUAG